AUGGGCUUCAGUUUAUGAGAGUAUAGGGAUUUGAUUUUCCUGGGUAUCCAUAGUGUAACAAUCGAGAGAAAGGCUCGAGCAAAUUCAUUUCACACAACAUUUAUAGAUUCGAUAAAACCUAAAACGCAAUGGCUCAGAAGAAAAAUGCACGAGGACACGCCAAGAAAGAGGCCAAGCCACAGUCUGCAAAUAAGAACGGGAAGAAGUCAGACGGUGCAGGAGGAACCUCCUUCUUCACUUGGUUUAUGGUGCUGGCUCUGCUGGGUGUCUGGACCUCUGUAGCAGUGGUGUAUUUUGACCUGGUUGACUACCAAGGUGUCAUUGGACUGAAAGAGAAGCCUGCAGUGGCAACCAGUGAGCCAGUUCAGGAAGAGGCCCCUGCAGCACCUGUAGAAGAAGCACCAGCACCCGAGCCAGUGGAGGAGGAAGUGGUCCAGUCUGAAGCUGAAGAAGUAGCCCAGCCACCUCCAGAGCCUGAGGUUGUGGAGGAGGAGCCUGCUGUUACAGAGGAGGAGCCAGUUGCUGUGGAGGAGGAGCCAGUUGCCGUCGAGGAGGAGCCAGUCGCUGAAGAGGAGGAGCCUGAGGUCCUUGAGGAGGAGCCAGAAGUGGUGGAAGAGGUUCCUGAGGAAGAGCCUGAGGUAGUGGAGGAAGAGCCUGAGGUAGUGGAGGAAGAGCCUGAAGUAGUGGAGGAAGAGCCUGAGGUAGUGGAGGAAGAGCCUGAGGUAGUAGAGGAAGAGCCAGAAGUUGUUGAAGAAGAGCCUGAGGUCGUAGAAGAUGCCCCAGCAGAGGAGGAAGCAGCUCCAGUUGAGGAAGCAGCUGCCCCUGUGGAGGAAGAAGAAGCACCUGCAGAAGAAGCUGUUGAGGAAGAGGCUCUAGCUGAGGAGGAAGCUCCAGUAGAGGAACCUGUUGAGGAGGCAGCUCCAGUAGAAGAGGCAGUUGAGGAGGCAGCCCCAGUUGAGGAAGCAGCUCCUGUCGAGGAAGCUGUUGAGGAACCUGAACCCAUAGAGGAGGAGGCUGCUCCUGCUGAGGAAGCAGCACCAGUCGAGGAGGCUGUUGAAGAGGCAGCACCAGUAGAUGAAGCUGUUGAGGAAGCUGAACAGGCAGUUGAGGAGUCAGCAGCCCCAGUUGAGGAGUCAGCACCUGUAGAGGAGACCAUUGAGGAAGAAGCAGCCCCUGAAGAAGAGGUUUUAGAGGAAACUGACCCAGCAGAAGAAGCAGAGGAAGAAGUACAGGAAGCAGAAGAAUUUACAGCAGACACAACAGAGGAAGCAGAAACAGAGGCAGACUCGCUAAGUGAAGCUGAAGAACUUGUUGAAGAGGAGGCACCACUUGAGGAGGAGGCUGCAGAGGAGGAAGAAGUACAGGAGGAGCAGUUUGAGGAGGAAUUAACAGAAGAGUUUUCCCAGACAGAGGAACAACAUCAAGAUGAGCCCACAGAAACGUAAAGAGAGAGGGGGAACCUGUCAGAUGCUGUGAGGACCAGCCUACAUCGCAAUCCACUGAAAGUGAGCAGCUGCAUACUCCCACCAACAAACAAACAGGACCAGAAACAGCAUCCAGUCAUGUGUCUUUGAAAAUGUUUUUUUUUUUCCAUGUUUUUUUUUUUUUGUUUGUUUGUUUGUUUUCCUUAGAAAUUCAAACUGAUUUGAUGAUUUAACACACGUCAUCUUGUGUACGCUUGUUAUGUCAAGUAAGCCUUUUUUUUGUUUGUUUGUUUGUUUGUUUUGUUUCGUUCAAUCCCUGUUUUGCUUAAAUUGUCUUUUAGCCUAUUCCCACAUCUUUUAAUUGAUUGUUUCUCCUUGUAAUUGUUAAUCAAAAUAUUUGCUUUAUACCUUAUUGAAAAAAUUGUAGUAGAAAUAUGUGAAGGUAACCGAUUUGAUUGCGCGAACUAGUUUUGACUGUGUUUGGUUUUAUUUCUUUCCUGUGUAUAGAAACAGAGGUACAUGUUGCUUUGUCAGACACACAUCUUCACAUUUUACUCGGGUUUGAGUUCAUCAGUGUUUUACUCUGUUGAAUCACGUGUUGGAAUGUAAGACCAACGGUUUGUGUGUAAUGUGAAGGUACUAUGCAAAGCUGCACUGAUCUUUCACAGUGAUUUCACUCUUAAGUUUUGUAUUACCAGUAUGUAUUGGGUCUACACUAUGGAUGUUGUAAAUGCAAGUUUAUGCUGGCAGGUUAACUCAGUCGUCAGGCGAUGUGUGUGUGCGUGUGUGUGUGUGUGAGAGAGAGAGAUAGGGAGAGGUUGAGUGUGUGUGUUUGUUUGAGAGAGGGAGAGGUUUAGAGUGUGUAAAUGUGUAUGUAUGAGACUAACUCUUUGCAAUACAAUCCCAAUGAGCCGUGUUUCUCAUUAUAAUAUAGUCGUGACUCUUCCUUGUGAUGCUUUGAUGCUUACUUUUGUCAACUCCUGCAACCCUCUGUUCAUAUUCUUUUGUGUCUGUAAGUAUAUCUUGCACCAAAAGCUCAACAAGAACUGAAAACAUGUUUUUAUAUUUCUUAGUGUUUAGGGGAGCAUCAUUUUCUCUUCAAGCAUUGUCCACAAGCAUGGCUCAUAUUCUGUUUGGUUUUAUUUUGUUUUAUUUUGUUUUGUUUUAUUUUUUCUGCCUUCUGACACAAUGUUAAUGUUAUGAUGUAAGAUGAGAUGCUGAUUAUGCCACUGCUCUGUGACCUGCCAAUGUGUGUGGGCCAAACAAAAAAAAGUGUUCAGUACCUCUCUUAAAUGGACUUCGUCUGUAUGUUUAUCUGCUUUGCGGGAUUUUGAGAGUCGACGACCCAGCUCUCUGUUUUAGCGCUGAACACAUUCUCUCUGCCUCUUGUGAGAUGUGUGUGUGUGUGUGUGUGUGUGUGUGUGGGUGUGGGUAAGCAGCAGAGAACCUGUAAGGCGCUCCCUUUUCAGUUAGUCUCAUUCCCAUUCAGACUGAAUGAAAUGGGGAUCUUAGCCAAGUCUAAAACACCCUUUAAAGGAGGGACACAAAACACCUUACAUAAUUAUUUCAUCAAUAUUGCUAGUCAUCAUGAGUCAAACCUCGUGAAUUGUUGUUCCUUGAUCGAUUCAGCUCUCUUUUAUGGAAUAAGAGACUGAAUCUUGCUGCCUGUGCUUUUCGUGGAGCAAAAAGUGACAAAUGCAAAAUAUCUUUGAGAAACAGGUCAUAUGUCAUUCUAUACUUGCGUACUGGGUUUUAAUGCAUGUUUGUUCUCCCUUUUCACUUUAGAGUGGCUCAAAAAACAACCUGUUAAAGGAAAUGCUGUAGUAUGUCUAGAAGGAAAUGUGGUUUUGUGUUUUUUGUUUUGUUUUUUUUGGGGUAGUUUUUUUGGUCACUCUAAUAUUCUAACAAGAGGCGAAUCAGUCCCCCUCAUCUAUACUAUUACUGUUGUUGUCAAUAUUGUUAGUUAUUUUUACUGUAAGGUUAAUAAUGUAGCUCUUGCUCUUUGCUGAGACUGAAUGGCUAAGAAAUUGAAAACAAGUUUGAUCUUUUGAAGGAAACUCAGUCACGACUUAGUCUCAUUUCUGGCUCCUGAACUAUUUUCACUGUGGAUUCAGUUGUGUUGUUGUUGUUUUUUGUUUUGUUUUGUUUUUCUUGAUUUUGUAGUGUUUUAUGUACAUUGUGGUUUUAAGGGACCUGCCAGAGUAAAUGUUGUUAAUGUGAUAGACUUUAUGAAAUGCUGCAAUGCAAAUCUUUUUCAGAGGAAGAAAAUGGUUCAUUCACAACUAAACAUCAAGUGGUUGCAAUAUAGUUUUUAGAUUUUUUUUUUCUUUUUUCCUUUUCUAUAACACUAGUGGAUCUUUUCUACUCUUAACACUUUUGAAGUCAAUGUGAAUUUUUAAAGUGGUGUUAAUUUUACAUAAUACAAACUUUACAGAAUAGAUCAGUUUUAGAUUUUUAAAAAAAAGACACUUUUUAGGCAAACAUUUUUAAUUAACUUUUAAAAAAAGUGUUAACUUUUCAAAGCCAUAUGUGAAAGGUGGGGUUCGGCAGCCUACAUCAGACCAGACUUCAAGGGAAAGACAUUGCACAACCAGCAAUAAAACACACAAUCUCUCAAAAAGGUUCAUAUUUUGUUGCAGUUCACAUUUAAACAGGAGUUUACACAACAAGAGUUUUUUUUUCUUCAGAGGUUUACAUUGUAUCCUGCUGUAUAGGCUAACAGGUUUUAAGUUAUUGUGAAAUUGCAGUUUUUAGGAAUUUUUGGAUGACUGUCACGACUGUAAACAACUGUAAAUUUUCUGUUUUUGAGUGCUGCAAUAAAGGUUUGGGACAACAAAA